AUGCGACUGGGGCCCGAGGACCGCCCGUUUGCGCUGGCGCAGCAGCUUCGAGACGUGGCCACACGUUCCUCGACGCAAUCCCCUCCAGGACGGCAGCAUGGGUGCGGUACCACCGUCCCAGCCCAGUGGAGACGACUUGCGCAACCGGAGGGAGCGACCUGGACCCACGAGCAGGGUACCGGCGCUGCUGACAGGCUUCCCCCGCAGACGGCACCUCGAACACCAGGGCCGGUGUGCUGGGGGUGCGGACAGCCGGGUCACGUGAGGCGAGAUUGCUCCCUGAUGGAAGUGGGACAGGUGAUGCGGGUUGUCGGUCCCCCAGCACACGCCACCGAUCCAGGGGAGACGUACUGUGUCCCGGCGGACGCGUCGGGCAGGGGGCUGGGGGCGGUGCUGUCCCAGCGAGUGGGGGGCAUCGACCGCCCCGUCCUGUACAUCAGCCGAAAACUCUCGGACCGGGAGGCGAGGUACAGCACGGUAGAGAGGGAGUGCCUCGCCAUCCGGUGGGCGGUCGGGGCCCUUCGGUACUACCUGUUGGGGCGCGCCUUCGCCCUCUGCUCGGACCACAAACCGCUCCAGUGGCUCCACCGCAUGAAGGAUGCUAACGCGAGGAUCACCCGGUUGGUACCUCGCGGUGCAACCCUACAACUUCCAGGUGGUCCACAGGCCGGGGGCUCGGAUGGCCGUGGCCGACUUCCUCUCGCGGCCCUCUACGGGGGGAGUUGGCGCGGCCGGACUACUGCCAGCCUGAGACUGGCGGUGGAGGCAUGUGGAGGGGCAGCGUUGGUGACCGCAGAGGGGGGCUGA